GCCAUCUACCAUGAGGAUGUCACUUGUAGUGCUCUCGCUUUUCUCCCGAUUGCUGGGGACCACAACCCAGCUUUGGGUGAAUCCGGGAGGUGUAAUCACCAAGCCUGUGCCUACAAUCACGAAAAUGAGAACGGCCAUGAGAACGACGCCCAAGCCACAGAGUCCUUACUGCCAACCCAGAUUGUGCGUCAAAGGACACAAGCACGUGGCCUGCGAGAGCUACUACAAUAGCUUCCAACGCACCUGCACGGCCAAGGGUCCUACUUUCGUGAACUUUACCAACUUGGCGGAGAAGAUCGUAAAGAUGCACAACGAAAGGAGGUUCUUAUUGGCCAGUGGUAAGGAUGCCGCUCUACCAAGAGCUGCUCGAAUGGUGGCCAUGCAGUGGGACGAGGAGCUGGCAGAAGUGGCUGCAUUCAAUGCCAGGAUGUGCCAGGCCAAACACGACGAAUGCCGCAAUACGGUGAAGUACCCAAGAUCUGGCCAGAACAUCAUAGUCUUCAACCUGACGCGUUUGGUGGAGAAAAGUUUAAUAGAGAAGCUCUACCCGCAGCUGCUCUCCAUUGCUGGGAAAAUCUGGUGGUCGGAGUCCGAAAAAUUGACCGCGGACGACCUGGACCUGUACCCCUGUAGUGAGCGGAAGCAAAAAGCGUACCGCCACUUUGCGGUCAUGGCCGUCGAGGGGAACUCGCACGUGGGCUGCGCCGGACUACGCUACGUGGUCGGGAACAUGACCCAGUUCAAGCUGACCUGCAACUACGCCCGGGCUCCGGUCUGCGGACAGCCGAUCUACCGCUUCCAUCCCCUCGGUUGCCAGACGGGACGCGACAAGAAGCACUCUUCCCUGUGCUCGCCCAUGGAGCUCUUUCGCUGAAUGAAUUACUAGCGACGCCAUCCCAAAAGCCGCAUCAACGCAUCUUGCUCAUCCGUGUUUGUCCGAAAGCCCGGCCAUAAAUACCGUCCGUCCAUCGCGUGGCCAAACGAAUGACUCUGCGCCAGCUGCCCAUGCAAAAUUCAAACAACUCCAGCGGAAUGGAAUUUCUGCCAAUUUCCUGCGACGAAUCCGCCCCGAGGAUCUUGGCGGUCCUGGCAGGAUGUAUCGAUGGCGGUGCAAUUACCUGCAUAACAGCCAGGCAAAAUAACCACACAGCGAACCAUUUUUACAUCGAAAAAAAUAUCGAGCAUUGACAAAAAACGAAAUGAAUAAAAAAAAUAAGAAACUAAGCAAUAAAGCUUAACAAAAUUA